AUGAGUAACGCACCGCAGUUUUCUUUGCGUUGGAAUAAUUAUGUUAAUCACGUCACGGAGGCCUUUAACGUUUUAAGAUUUGAAAAUGAUUUGGUUGAUGUAACUUUAUGUUGUGAUGGUGGGAAAAUAAGAGCUCACAAAAUGUUACUUUCCGCAUGCAGCAAUUAUUUUAAACAAAUUUUUAAAGAAAAUCCGUGCCAGCAUCCUGUGAUAAUAUUUAGAAACUUUAAAUUUGAAGAUCUCAAUGCAAUAAUCAAUUUUAUGUAUCAUGGCGAAGUAAACAUCUUUCAAGAACAACUAGAAUCAUUUUUAAUCACAGCAGAGCUUUUAGAGGUUAAGGGAUUGACUGAUAACGUCGAGGACGAAGUAUCAAAGAAUCAAAUAAGAAUUGUUGAAAAUAGUUCAUUAGAUUUAAGUGCAAAAUCAAGCAGAUCAAAUGAACAAUCCUUACCUGUAGUAGUUGAGGAACCUAUAAAUUUAGCAACACUACAAUCAAGUAGAAAUGAGGACAUUCCACAGGACGACAACAUAUCUGUUCAAGAAGUUGAGAGUAAUGUUUUGGACCCUCAGCCGGAAACUUCAAAAUCUGAUAAUUCUAUUGCAAAACACAAAAUAGCUACAACCAGUGAGGAAAUGCAAGUUGAUACACAGAGCACUGCCGAAGACUUGUCUGAUAAAAAUAAUUCAGAAUCAGAUUUAGCUAAAUUUAGAUGUCAGCUGUGUCCAAAAGGUUUCAAGCAUCCAACGUCACUAACAUUGCACAAAGACUCGCAUGCAGGGAAGACCAGAUGUCCAGUAUGUCACAGGUCAUUUUCACGAUCAUAUGACAUGAGAAGCCACCUACAAAGAAUACACCAAGGGAAACAACUUACGAUAAAGGAAAUCAGAUACAAAAAUAACAGCGACAGUGUAGUUGCACCAAAACAGUUUACUCACAAUAUAUAG